AUGAACAAAGAGAUUCCAAAUGGUGUGACAGGACUAAAAAAUCUGACAAUCUACGUGCCAGCCAUGGUGCGAUCCGGUGACACAGUAACACUUUCGUGCCACUACGAUCUAGAGGGGUUAUCAUUGUACACGAUACAAUGGUUUCUCGAAGCAACAGAGUUCUAUCGAUACUUACCUGAGCGAGAACCACCGUAUAGCACGUUCAACGUCGAUGGAAUACACGUAAAUGUUUCCAAAUCGAAUGCGUUCGACGUGACUUUGGUAAAUGUAUCGAGGAAGCUGACGGGGAUGUACAAAUGCGAAGUAUCGGCAGGCAGUCCAACGUAUCACACGCUAAUCGAGAGGUCCAGUAUGGAGGUAGUAGAUGCACCAAAAACGGGCCCAAUGAUCGAGAUCGCGAAGGAGUGGAUCUCGGUGGGUGAGCUGCUUCGGGUGAACUGCACCACCGGCAACUCGAAGCCCGCCUCCGUCAUUACGUGGAAGUUGAACGGACAUCUCGUAAGUAGAAUAUUGUGCUCAAUGUUUCCUUAUCUAUAAGUGUCCUCCAUCCGCAGCUGUGUCAUCGUGUU